AGAAAUUCUUAGGAAAUUAAAUGUUUAAAUACAGUAUUAAUUACUAUUCAAAUAUAUUUAGUAGUUUAAUCUUCCGAACAUAAAUCAUGAUUUUAAUUAUAUUGCUCUGUAUUCUUUAUUGUGUGCAAGGAAAUGAUAAAAGUCUUGUAGCAGUACAUGUGCUCUUCCGACAUGGACACAGAUGUCCUGAUGUCGUAAAUUUGUAUAAAUCCAGCCCGUAUUAUGACGAGUCCUACUUUAAACCUUUUGGUUUUGGUCAACUAACUAAUGAAGGAAAACUAAAAGUUUAUAAUUUAGGAAGGCAAAUUCGCCAACGUUAUUCGGGGUUUUUGGAUGAAGAGUACAACAAAGAUUUAAUAAAUGCACGAACUAGUGAUUUUAGUAGAAGCAAGGAGUCAUUACAAGCAAUGCUGGCAGGAUUAUUUCCACCUACCAAGGAUCUAACUUGGUUACCUGGAUUUAACUGGCAGCCUAUAGCAUAUGAUUACAUUAAAAGAGAUUUAGACCAGGAAUUGUUCUGUUUUGCAUGUCCAACAUGGGAUGCGGCAUUCGAUGAUUUCUUAGCUUCACAAGAUUAUAGCAAAUAUGAUCAACUACUAGCAACUCUCACGGAGAAAACCGGAGAACCAUAUAAUAAUUUCGUGAAACCAUACUUUCUAUAUUUUGGAUUUCGAAUUUUGACUGAAUUCAACUAUACCCUACCAGAUUGGGCACAUGACGUUUAUCCAUAUCCAUUAAAGAAUCUGGCAUUGGAUCACAAUGCUAUGGUUACAGGAUCUAGAAAACUACGACAAAUGUGUGGAGGAUAUCUAUUAAAACAUAUUCUUGAAGAUACCCAGUCAAAAAUUGAUGGUAAAUUUCCAGAAAAAAAAAUGUUUAUAUGGUCCGUUAAUGAAAAUAAUAUCGUAUGUCUUCUAAGUGUUAUGAAUCUUUUGAAAGAAGAUACGAUUCCUGAUUAUGGAAGUUUAAUUGUAAUUGAACUUCAUAAUUUAAAUUCUACUUACGCUUUUAGGAUUUAUUUUAAGAACGAUGAAAAUGCACCAGAAUUGUUAACAGUACCAAAUUGCACCAGCUUUUGUACCUUGGAAAAAUUUAAAGAUUUAGUACAAGAAAAUAUUCCAGAAGAUAUAUCGAUCUGCAGAGGAAAUAAAAAGUCUAGUGGUUCUAAGAUGUCCUCUCAAGUUAAUUAUAUGAUUUUACUAUUGUUUAUUUAUAUUUUUUUGUAAACAUACUUAUAUUUAAAUGAAUAAGUGCAAACUGUAAACAUAUUUAAUUGUUAUAUGGCUCUGACGCUAAUAUGGCAUGUUGCCUUAUUAGUCAGAAGUCAGAAUGGAUUAUCUGUUCCUUAUUAUACAAAUUCGUAUUACACACACAUUUUUUUAUUAAAAAGUGUUUAAAGUUUAAUAGGUUUAAUAAUAAAUAAAAUAUGCUGAUCACUUA